GGCGGCGGCCGGGAGAGCGGAGGAGGCGGAGCAGGGAGCCGGGAGCCGGCUGGCCCGCGCUCCUCCUGCCGGCCGGGGAUUUUCCAGCCUGGGCGCUGUCGCCUCGGACCUCCUGCGGCCGCGGCGGACCAUGGGCGACAAAGGGACGCGAGAGAAUGAGAGACAGAGAGCAUGAGAGGGAGGAGGGUCAGAGGGAGAAGCAGACUCCCCGCCGAGCAGGGAGCCGGAUGCGGGACUCGAUCCAGGGACUCCAGGAUCAUGACCUGAGCCGAAGGCAGUCGCUUAACCAACUGAGCCACCCAGGCGCCCCAGCUCGUAAUCUUUUAUUAUGGAAAUUAUAAAAUUUUCCUGAGGAUUGAAUGAGUUAAUAUUUGUAAAAUGCUGAGAAUGGCGCUUGGCACAAAGGUGUUCAAGAAGGCAAGCCCGAAUGGAAAGCUCACGGUCUAUCUGGGAAAGCGGGACUUUGUGGACCACAUCGACCUCGUGGACCCUGUGGAUGGUGUGGUCCUGGUGGAUCCUGAGUAUCUCAAGGAGAGGAGAGUCUAUGUGACACUGACCUGCGCCUUCCGCUAUGGUCGGGAGGACCUGGACGUCCUGGGCCUGACCUUCCGCAAGGACCUGUUUGUGGCCAACGUGCAGUCCUUCCCGCCGGCCCCUGAGGACAAGAAGGCCCUGACGCGGCUGCAGGAGCGCCUCAUCAAGAAGCUGGGCGAGCACGCCUAUCCUUUCACCUUUGAGAUCCCUCCGAACCUCCCGUGCUCUGUGACAUUGCAGCCGGGGCCUGAAGACACAGGGAAGGCCUGUGGUGUGGACUAUGAAGUCAAAGCCUUCUGUGCCGAGAACCUGGAGGAGAAGAUCCACAAGCGGAAUUCCGUGCGCCUGGUUAUCAGGAAGGUUCAAUAUGCCCCGGAGAGGCCUGGCCCCCAGCCCACAGCUGAGACCACCAGGCAGUUCCUCAUGUCGGACAAGCCCUUGCAUCUAGAGGCUUCCCUGGAUAAGGAGAUCUAUUACCACGGAGAACCCAUCAGCGUUAAUGUCCACGUCACCAACAACACCAACAAGACAGUGAAGAAGAUCAAGAUCUCGGUGCGUCAGUAUGCGGACAUCUGCCUUUUUAACACAGCCCAGUACAAGUGCCCUGUGGCCAUGGAAGAGGCCGAUGACACCGUGGCCCCCAGUUCAACCUUCUGCAAGGUUUACACACUCACGCCCUUCCUGGCCAACAACCGAGAGAAGCGGGGCCUUGCCCUGGACGGGAAGCUCAAGCAUGAAGACACGAACCUGGCCUCCAGCACCCUGUUGAGGGAAGGAGCCAACCGGGAGAUCCUGGGCAUCAUUGUUUCCUACAAAGUGAAAGUGAAGCUGGUGGUAUCUCGGGGCGGCCUGUUGGGAGACCUUGCAUCCAGUGACGUGGCCGUGGAACUGCCCUUCACCCUAAUGCACCCCAAGCCCAAAGAGGAACCCCCACAUCGUGAAGUUCCAGAGAACGAGGCGCCAGUAGAUACCAAUCUCAUAGAACUUGACACAAACGAUGACGACAUCGUGUUUGAGGACUUUGCCCGCCAGAGACUGAAAGGCAUGAAGGAUGACAAGGAGGAGGAGGAGGAUGGUACUGGCUCGCCACAGCUCAACGACAGAUAGACUGGGGCCGGCCCUCCCUCCAGGCAGCUCCAGGGCCGCGCUCAUGCACUAGGAUGCUUAUUUGUCUUUUUCCUGCCCUCCUUCCCCCGCCCCCUUGUUCUUCUGGUUCCUACCAGGGGGCACCCAGUGGUCUUCCAGGUCACGGUGGUGAACCUCUGGCCUCAGGGUUGGCCCCACAUCGCCAUGCCGACAGGGCCCCAGGGAUCACCUUCUCCCUCUUACCCCUCCUACGGGUCACCCCUCCAGCCCCUUCUCUUUUCCUGCUGACCCCCAGAAAGGCCAUCUGGGCUCUGGCCUUGGGAUUUGACUUGGGAUGGGGAGCAGAACGGGGAGGGUGGGGCAGAGGGCUCAAGACACAUGAGAGGGUGCCCGCGGCCCCAGGUGGCUGGCAUAGCUCUGGCAGCUAAAAGAUCACCGCACUGAGGGCCACCCUCUUCUGGCCGGGAGGGGCACACCUGUGGAUAGAUUCUCAGUACGUUUUUGCGGUCCGGACCCACCAAACACCUCUCCCUUUCCACCCCUCCGUCCCCAUCCUGUGUCCCUCUGCGUCUGACAGUGACAUUGGUGAAGGUUCACAGACCCCAGGAGUAGAGAAAAGCCACUGGACUGACAUUCUUACCAGCAGUUACCCAGUCUAAGGCAAGCUGUGGGAACAAGCCCAAGUCUGAUUCAGUUCUAUCAGGAUGUAACAUCCUAGCUACCUUUUAUCUAAUGUGUGUGUCCUCUCUAUACACAUGCACCGAGAGAGAAGGGCAGGGUCUUCACAAAGCGCCAACCUGCUGUAUAGUGAGCCCAAGCUCCUGGGGUGGGGGGGAGGUUCCUGAAGGGUGACUCUGAGAGAUGGGGUUUGCGGGCAAGAAGAUGAGCAUCUGCUCUAUUCCCUCCUCUGCAGACUUAACAGCAAUCAGUGGUCCCCCGAGAAGUCAGGCUGGAGGUCCAGAUGGGGCUGGGGACAACGCUACCCUACUACCUCCCCUCACAGUUCUCCAGGGCUGAGCUGGGCUGGCCCUGCAGGCUGGGAGAGCAUGCUCGAGGCCGCCAUGCCCACAGUCAAAGGGCCUCCUGCCCCAGGAGGUGGCAUGGCCCAUUAAGAUGCCCUCCCCUAAAAGGAAGGGGGCUGCUGGGUAGCAAGGAACCCUUCAUUUCCUUGGGGAGUUAAUGACCCCCCAGUAGUUCCCAGUGUCAUGGAUGCCCAGUACCCAUUGGCUGGUGUUGGUGUGAUUGGGACCCGGGGCAUUUUUAGGCAAUGGGGCAGGCAGAUGAUGAGGUAGAAAGUGAUAAAAGGUAUUCGUUCUUGUCUGGCCUUUGAUGCCCACUUACUGUAUGACCUUAGGCAAGUUCCUUUCUCUCUCUGGGCCUCAGUUCUUCACCUAGAAGACCGAAGGGUUUGACCAGAUGAUCACAAAGGGACCUCCCAGCUCUGGCCUCCAAGAACUUGUAAACCUUAGAGCUUCUGGUAUGACGGGUGGAGCCAGAUGCAGACCAUUGACUCUGGUCUGUCUGCCUCCAGAGGUGAUUCACCGAGCCCCAGAGGUAGCAGGGCCAUGGAGAGCUCCUAACCCACCCCUUCCCAGGACCUUCUUGGGCCGCUGGAGGGUCAUCUGAUGUCAAGCUGCAGCCAUAGCUAGCGUGAGCUGCUUGACCAUAGGGCUCGAGUAUUCUAGAAGACCAAGUUUGGAUUUGCUAUGACAGGGCUUUGGGUACCUCACAGCUCCCUGUGGAGGCAGACCCCCUAAGAUUCACCUUAUACCCAAGCAAAUAUAUUGCUUAGCAGGGCAAGUGGAUCUCUCCUCCAUCCCUGCUCCCUUUUAUCUCUGUCUCAUACUUGCCUGAAAAAGGAGACAACAAAAUAUUAUGGGUACUCCACCCUUUUCAGUCCAGCCCCUCCUGGGGUGGGCUGGGUAACCAUUAUCCAUGGCGAGAGUACCUAGUUCACAAGCCUGGCACUGCACCCCAGCCCUUCCCCUUCUGAAUCUCAUGAAGCUGCAAUUCUAGGGAGCACUACCCCAUGUCAGGCCCAAGUCAGCUUGUGGCAGUCAUACUUUCCUGGCCAGCUCUGGGGUCCUAGCUGUGGGUGCCCCCGUCAUCCAACCCCUACCAGAGCUUGCUGGCAGUUCACACCUCAUUGGACAGCUGAAGAGUUGAUGAAGGGCUGGAACACAUGCCAAGCAUAUGCCCUCCAGUGUCUUCCUCUGGAACAUUUAAGGCUGGUAUGAGACCCUUUAGGAUUUGGGGGAUCACUCCCCUACAGACCAGCUUCUUCCUCCAUCCCUCACCUGUGCACACAAAAGAUUUGUCAGCCUGGUUUCUGGCUUCUUCACCUCAACACCACACUCACCCUUUUGGGUUUAUCCCAGUGUUUGACUGAAAUUUCUCCAGCCGCGGUAAGUAUCAUAGCCCCAUCUAGACUUUUGCUCUUUGGGCCCAGGGCUGCAGAAGGGCAGUCCCUGUCCCCAGGAAGCUCCUGGUCAGGUGAAAGUUCUAGGAGGAAGGAAUGGGGACCAUUGCAUUCAGGGCUCCUUGGCUCCUGCUAGUCCAUAUAGUGCCUUGAUGUGAAGAAGAAACCGUGCCCCUUCCAGGUGGGUUCAGUCCAUGUUAGAAGGCACGGCUUUGAGAAGGGCGCACAGGCUGGAGUUCAGCCCCACUUGCCCCAGUCAGUGCAGCACAGGCCAGUGUUUCCUUGGGCCUCUUCCUGAGAGAAAGACCCAGAUCUUCUUUCAAAGCUUCCGGUUGGCUCCAGACCCCACUCCACUGGCAGCCCCCCAACCAUGACCCAGUCCUCCUGUGCAGGGCCCCUCUCCAUCUGGAGUCAGCCUGCCUGGAGCCAGGUGAGAUUGGGGAAUGAAAUUGGAGUGAAAGGGGGGGGUGAAGGAGCCCCACCGGGCCCCAGGCACCAGUCCACAGUGUUGGCUCUGGGCUGACCCCACAGCUCCGCACUGGUACCUUCCAGUGGCCCAUGUGGGUGGCCUAGAGAGAUCGGUCUGGGAAGGUGGGAGAAGCAUGGCGCUGGGUGAAAACCUACAGGCAGAGGCCAGCUGGGCUUCCUCAGCUUUCCAACCAUGAGAAUGGUGAAGUCCUGUGAAGAGAAGGGCUGAAUUACUCGGUCGGACUCCAUGGGCUGCCUCAGCCUCAAAGCACAGACGGCAAGGGUGGGCACACUGGGUUGCGGGGGUGUUGCUUCAGCUGCUCGGCUUGUUGCUGACAAGCUGGUUCCCACAUGGUGCCAUGGAAAGCAUGCUGGGCUAGAAGCACAGUGUCUCCAGCCUAGUUGUCACCAACCAGCUGAGUAGCCUUAAGUGAGCAAGUCACUCAACCUCUUGGGCUCAGUUUCCCUAACUAGAAAAUGAGACUGUAAUCUCUUCCCCACCUGACUCAAGGAAUCUGAAGCCCACAUGAGACGAAAGUCAGCUCUGUAAGUUGCAGAUGGCUGCUCAAGCAGUAGCCCAGGGUCACACAGGAAGAUCACUGCAGGCUGCGUCCUCCUCCCGCCAGUCUUCAUCUCUUGCCCCCUUCUCACUUAGGCAGACGUCAGCCAGGAGGAGAUGCAGUCCGUUUGGCUUUGAAAAUGUGGACACUGCUUAGGAAUGCCUUGCCCACAGAUAGUGAGUGGUCCCAGAGGUCAUGACAGCGAGACACACCAUGGAUAUUGCCAGUGAUUGGGCUGGGGGCAUCCUGGACCCUCCCAGCCCUGGUGCCACCCCCAUCUCCCGUCUUUCAGAUUCCACAGAGCCCAAGAAGCUCCUGGUCAGGUGAAAGUUCUAAGGGGAAAGAAUGGGGGCCAUUGCAUUCAGGGCUCCUUGGCUGUUGCUAGCUGCCCCCAUCCCCCCAUGGCUCUGAUCCCAGAUUACGGAGAGCCACCCACCUCCAGGCCCCGGGAGGGCUGAGCCACUAUUCCAUCAAAGAACCCCACGGGUGAGGUAGACUAGCAAUUGCCCUUCGAAGUAGAAGGCCCCUCCAGGAUCAGCACAGCCGCCAAUGCUCCUUGGUGAUACUUGGAAGGGAUUUGGACCCAGGGGCAACCCAGGCCUGUUCCCCUGAGAGCUGACCCGUUCGUUCCCCAUGGUUCCAGCGCCCCACAAAGGCAGCCUCUCCUACCAGUGACUGGGGACUGGACAUUCAGCCAUCCCCGAGGAAGGCAUUGGCCCCAAUCUUGGUCUCACAGGCACAGGCCUGUGUCUGUUCUGAUGUUUCUCUCUUUUUAAAGUCAACAAGGACCAAAACAGACUCUCCUGACCCUCACGCACAAGCCUGCGUUGAGCAGUCUGAUGGCAUUUUGCCAUCCUCAUCCACGCAGGUCCAUCGCUUCUGUCCUCCCUCCAGGACUGAAGUGGCCUGCCUGUGGGGCAGGGUCCCCACCUCGUCCACUCCCCUGCAGAGUCCCUGCACCGUGGCUUCAAUGAGAGGCCCAUCGAAGGGGGAGCCCCCCCCAGCACUCUCUCCCAACUCUGCACUCUGAAAGGGAAAUCAAAGCACAGGUCCCCAGGACCCAGGACCCAUAGACACUCUGAAGCAGCGGUUUUCAAACCAGGUGCCGUGGAACCCCUGGGUUUCACAGAGCUUCGCCAGGGGCUGCUAAGGUGGGACGAUGGGGGUGGAGGCAAAGGCUAGGUCUCCAGCUCUCCCCCAUCCCCACUUCCGCCAGGACAGCUCUGCUUUUAUCUGUCUUGCCUCUUGAGGUUCCACCUUCAAACUUUUGAAGAAAAGCUUCUUCAAACCACCGUUCUGAGGUUUGAUCUUCAACCAGCAAGCACAGGUUCUCUUCUUGCUUUUCAUGUUGGAAUGGCUUUAGCAUUCCAGUACAAAGUGGCUUUGUAUUGGACCUUGGGCUGCAGACGCAGGCCCACGCACUUGCUUACACACACAUGCACACACACACGUACACAUUGGACGGUUUUGUAGCUCACCCACCCUGAAGCUCUGGCCUGGGUUUGAUUUGGGCAGGGGCCUGGUGCUCAGUGAGGAUUGGUCUUACCUUGAUAUCAGCCCAUGCAGGGUGGGGGAUGGUGGAGCAAGGAAAUAGGCCCAGCCCCCACCCCAGGACUUGUGUCUGCACCCCACUUCCCUGAUUCAGGCCUAUGGGACACGUGAUGGGAGAAGGAGGAACUAGACUUAGGUUCCUCUUUACAUACAGCCAGAUGGAUGGACAUCCAGGUUCUUACAAAAAUGUUGAGGGGGGAUGUUACGAUAGAAGUCCCUCCGUGAGGACAUGGUCCCUCCAGAGACCUUUAAAGCAGCCAGUUUCCCUUGAGCAAUUCUAAUAGGCUUCCACUCCCACAUCUGUGGACAAGCUAGUGUGUGGACAACAGGAAGAUCCCUGAAGAGAUGCUGGUCCCCCACCCACAGUCUCCCACAGUCUCUGCCGGCCUGCCCCUCUGGCCGGGUCCCCCACCAGGCUAACUGAGGGGUGGCACAUUGGUGAGACCUGGACCAGCCCUUGACACAGAAUCCUGCCUGGGCCCCCCACUGAGGGCAUUCCAGGUGAAAAUGUGAGGCUCAGGGCACAGCAGACCAUGUGGCAUGGGAGAAAGUGUUCUGUGUUCAGUCCGAGUAUGCCUUUGGGAACCCCACUGACUUCAGUUUCCCCAUGUGUAAGAUGGGGCUUGUGCCAGACUCUGUCCACCUCACAGCUUACUGCAAGGAGAGGUCAUGGAGCGGGGUAUGAUAAGUAGUGUCCUAUGAGAGAUGGGAGCCGCACAAACUUGGGGUGUGGUCAUGGCCUGCACUGCAGAUCAGCAGAGCACUUGGGGGAAUGAGUAUGGGAUGUGCCAUCUUUCCGGGGCAUCUCUGCUCAGUGUUAAGGUCUAGCCACAGACGCUAUGGGAGACCUGCCUCUUCCUACCCAAUGGGAGCCAGCAUUCAGCCUGGCACAGUGACUGUGGAUCCUGGACGCAGGGAGUGACAGGUGGCUGGGACAGGUCUCCAGGUCUGUAGCCCUUCUGUUAAGUGAUUAUUUUGUGACACCCUCUUUCCUGGGCCACCUGCCAGGUUUAUCUGUUGUACUGUGGCAUUCCUUAUUAUGUCAGAUAAGUUAUUACAGUUUAUUCAACUCUAACAGGACAAAUGAACAAGAGAACCAUAAAUAGGAGACCAUUAAAGGUCUUUUGUGACA